CGGCCGGUAAAACUGAAACAACGGCCGUUAAAACUGAAACAACGGCUGGUAAAACUGAAACAACGGCCCGUAAAACUGAAACAACGGCUGGUAAAACUGAAACAACGGCCGAUAAACCUGAAACAACGGCCGGUAAAACUGAAACAGUGGCCGGUAAAACUGAAUCAACGGCCGGUAAAACUGAAACAACGGCCGGUAAAACUGAAACAACGGCCGAUAAACCUGAAACAACGGCCGGUAAACCUGAAACAACGGCCGGUAAAACUGAAACAACGGCUGGUAAAACUGAAACAACGGCCGGUAAAACUGAAACAACGGUAA